AUGCAUCUACCAUUCCUACUUCUAUUCCUUCUGGCCUUCACCGGCUCUCAAGGCCUUCACAGAGACUGCAAGGAUCCCAUUGACCCAGGUCGUGGCAGAGCAGCCUUCCGGCGGUUUGCCUACGAUGCGGAUGCCAAGGGGUGUCGUUCCUUCAUCUGGGGCGGUUGUAAUGCCAACAAGAAUAACUUUGAGACGCUGGAGGAGUGCCAAGCCAAGUGCGAGCAUGGCCGUCCCCAAUGCUCCAUCGCCUAG